AUGGACGACCAGGUUAGAUCAGGCACGAUCUGGUCCGCUCGAUCUCCGCGGACCAGCGAGGCGGAUCGCAGGCCUGCCGCGCCUGGGCCUCUGGUGCGGUUGCUGGAACGAGCAGGGGGGAGCGAGCGGGAGCGGGAGAUGGCGGAGGAGAGAAAGGAGGCGGAGAAGGAGAGGUUGCGCGAGUGGGAGAAGAAGAGGAAGAGGGAGGAGGAGAAGAAGGGUGUCUGGGGUAGCGAUUUCGGCAGGUACAUGCACGAGAAGAAUCGCAAGCUUCGCCUGCAGUUCGAGGGGGAGGCAGCUGCCGGCCUGCUCUGGCAACCCCAGCUGCCAUCCCACGUGCCGGUCUCGUCCCAGCAGCUUGCCUCUCUGCACAGCUUCGCUGCUCCCAAGCAGGCUGCACUUGGUGCAGGCUGGACUCCUCAUGAACCUUUGCCUGGCAGCAUGAAGGCACAUGACCAAGUGCCUGCCAUUGCUGCUGGUGCUUAUGGUGCUGGUGGUGCUGGUGCUAGAGGAAACGGAGGGGAGGGUGAUUCGGGUGGUUGGCAUGUGCCAUGUGAUCCCAGAGGUCCGGGCGAGGGUUGGGUCGGUGCACGUGGGGAAGGUGAGGAUGCGGCGAGCAAGGCAGUUGUGGUAGCUGGAGAUGCACGGCAUGUGGAGUCAUGGCAGCGCGGAGUGAGUGGUGGCGGCGCUGGGUAUGACAAGAAUGAGGGAGCGAGGGCUGGUGAAGCAGCGUUGCAAGGAGUGCAGCGCGGUGCAUCGAGUGGCAGUGCGUCUCGCCUGUUUGAAGGCGUGGUCAUUUGGGAGCUACGGCAGCUGAUGCUGGUGCAUGGAGGCGUGUUUGAGAACUACUUCCACCCCUCGCGCGUCACGCAUAUCAUCUGCGCCAACCUCCCAGACACCAAGCUCGUGCAAUCGCGCACCCUGCCUCCCAUUGUUCACCCCAACUGGGUUGUUGCCUGCAUCCAUGCCAACAGGCUGCUUCCCUUGGAUGCAUUCUUCCUGCGCCGCCUGGCCUUGGACCAUCCCGAUCAGAAGACCCUCCCCUCCACCUUCUUCCGUGCUAAACCCGCGCCGCAACUCCCUUCCUCGCACUCUCCUGCUCGCGUUGCUGCCGUUCCUGCGAACCCGGCUUCUCCUUUUGCACCUCUUGCCAUUGCCGCUGCGCCUGCUGGCUCUGCUGCCAACGCAACUGCAGCCGCCGGUUCUAUCGGCACAGCUCUUGCUCCCUGCACCCCCUGCCUGAUCCAGGGGAAGGUGGAGAUGGGAGCAUGGGGCGGCUUCUGUGGGGAUUCUGCUGGUAAGAAGGACGACACGGACAGUAUUGGGGGGGGAAGGGAGGGGGAUGGGAAGGGAGGGGAGGUAGGGGAGGGCGGUGAGGGAGGGGAGGGAGAGCUUGAAAGGGGAGGAAGUGGUAAGGAUGUGUGGUCUGAGUUCCCUGAGGAGAUGGAGGAGGAGGUUUGGGCUGCUGUUGAGGAAGCGUGCAGGAGGAGAAAGCGAGUGGGGGGUGGCGAGGAGGAGUGUGGGGCGACUGGGAACGGAGAGAAGGAAGGGGGUAAAGGGAGUGGAGAACAAGAUUCAGUGGCUAAUCGUGGUGUGCUGAGUGGAGUAAAUGUCAAGGAUGAGGCGAUGGGAGCAGCAAGGGAAGAUGGAAAGGACAAUGAGAGGGAGGCAAGAACAGGGGGGAAGGUGGAGCAGGUUGGGUUCAUGUCGGAAGGGGAUGAUGUGUCUGGAAGGGAUAUGUUGAGAGGGGAAGGGGAGGCUGCUGUGGUGGAUGGAUGGAACGGUGUGGAGGGCGUGUCGGCUUGUGCAGCAGCAAAAGUGGGUUCUGAAGCAGCGCAUGCUGGGGCAGCAGCAGGGCAUGCUGGGGCAGCAGCAGCGCAUGCUCGGGCCACGGACGGGACAACCCUGUAUGGCACAUGCAGUGGGCCCUGCUCUGCUGCGCGUGUGGAGAGCAGCAAGUGUGCAGUGCCUUGGGAGGCCAGGGCAGAUGGCAAGGAGGAAGAACUCUCAGGUGCAGGAAGGAUGGUUGCCAAGAUGGAGGGCGAUGUGGACAGGGGCGAGCUGCGGACAAAGGACGAGGGUGGGCACGGCUUGUGUGGUGCCUCUGGGACUGAGAGCCGUGGUGCAGGGCAGGGUGGUGCAGCAAGGCCGGAUGCAGCAAGAGCAGAGGGUCAAGGUGGGAUGGGGGCGGGGAGUGGGGAUACGGUGCAGCAGGGCAGUGUGAAGGUGGAGGCAGAGGGAGAGCAUGGGCAGAAAGGCAGCAGCAGCGUGAAGGGGAUGGAGGUGGAGAGGGAGGUGGGUUUGGGGAAGGCGAGCAGCAGUGGGAGAGGGCGGGCGCACAGCACACAGACAGACCCUAACUUCGUUCAGAACUACUUCCGGCACUCCCGGCUGCACUUCAUCGGGUCCUGGCGCAACCGCUACCGGCCACCUCCAGCAAUAACAGACGGGGCGGAAGAGGCAGGACGAGGAAUGGGGGUUGAGGGUGAAGGAGGGGAUGAGGGUCGGCAUGGCGAAGGCAGCAAGGAGGAGAUGGCCUUAGAUGGAGAUGUGACUCACACUGGCGCAUUAUGGAAUGCAGGGGAGGGCGCGGUAAGCAAGGCGGGUGCAGGCAGCAAGGAGGGGUUGGGAGGGCAGGAGCGAGUGGUGGUGCAUGUGGACAUGGACUGCUUCUUUGUGGCAGUCUCGCUGCUCUCCCACCCGCACCUCCGAGGGAAGCCAGUUGCCGUGUGCUAUGGCGGCAGGGGCAGUCGUGCAGGCAGGUCCGCCCCUGCUGCUGCUCACUCCACGGCAGGUGCUGCAGAUGCGGGUGGCGCGGGAGUGGGAGUUGGAGCAGGAGGUGGAGGAGGCAACACUGCAGCAGCAGCAGUAGCAGCGGCAGGGGGUACGGCGGAGGUGUCAUCAGCGAGCUAUGAGGCGCGUGCGUUUGGAGUGCGGGCGGGCAUGUUCCUGCGCGAGGCCAGGCGCCGCUGCCCGCAGCUGCAGCUGCUGCCCUACGACUUUGAGUCGUAUGAGCGCGUGGCAGAUGAGGUGUACGGCAUCCUGCACCGCUACGCCCCUGUGGUGCAAUGCCUCAGCUGCGAUGAAGCCCUGCUGGAGUUCCCACCACUCAGUAACACCACCAGCACCACCAGCACUGCAGCAGCAGCAGCAGCAGCAGACCCUGAGGCAGUGGUGGCGCGCAUGCGGGCGGAGAUAGAGGCGUGCACGGGGUGCACUGCCAGUGCUGGCAUCGCGCACAACAUCAUGCUUGCUAGAGUCGCCACGCGGAAAGCCAAGCCCAACGGGCAGUUUCGGAUCACCAAGGACAAGGCGCUAGACUUCCUGCAAGACCUGCCAGUAUCGGACCUGCAUGGCGUGGGCUGGGUGCUCUCAUCCAAGCUGCACGCCGCCUCCAUCCACACGUGUGGGGACCUCCGCGCCCUCUCCCGCGCCUCCCUCCAGGCAGAGCACGGGUUCAAGACGGGGGACAUGCUGUGGCGCUAUGCCCGAGGCAUGGACGACCGGGCUGUCGUGCCGGCAGGGGGUAAGGGUAAGAACAAUCAGCAGCACGCACCUGUGGCUGCUGCGAGGAAGUCUAUAGGCGCGGAUGUCAACUGGGGGGUGCGGUUCCGGGGGCAGGAAGACGCGGAGAAGUUUCUGAGGGACUUGGUGGGGGAGGUGUGUGGGCGGCUGCAUGCGGCGGGUGUGGCGGGGCGAUCGGUGUGUGUGAAGGUGAUGGUGCGGGCGAAAGGGGAACCCGUAGAGCCUCUCAAGUUCAUGGGGCACGGUCGCUGUGACACCUACAGUAGGUCUAGGAGCCUGGGGCCUGCUGCUACUGCAGACCCGAACGCUCUUUUUCGGGCUGCCCGGGCGCUGUUUUUGGCGGUUGGGGCGAAUGUGGUGGAUGUGAGGGGGGUUGGGUUGCAGGUUUCUCGGCUGGAGCCUGUUGGGGGGAAGGGGCUAGGAUGUGGGGCGUUUGGGAGUAUUGAGCGGGUGUGUAAGAAGUCAAGGGUUUCAGUGCUGCAGAGGAGAGAGGUGGAGGUGGAGAGGGAGGAGGAGGAGGAUGGAGGAGAGGUGAAGAGAGAAGCGGAAAUGGCAGGGGAUGGCGGAGGGCUGGUAGGUGUGGAAGGGAAUGAGGAGAAGGUGAGUGGGCGUGGGGUUGGGGCGCGGAUUGAAGGGGCUUUGAAGGAGGAGGAAGGUAUGGAACUGGAAUGGAAAGGUGUGGGUUUGCUAGAUGGAGUUGGCAUGGGAAUUAAAUUGGUUGCUAAGGAGGUGGAACCGGAGCUGGAGGAGCAGGAGGGGAGGAGGAAGCAGGAGGAGCAAGAUAAGAAGAUAAAGCAUGAGGAGCAAGAGGUGAGAAGGAAACAAAAGGGGCAGGAGGAGAAGAUGGAGCAGGAGGAGGAGGAGAAGGGGAAAGUGACAAGAGCGGUAGUGGAAAAUGCGGAUGUGGGUGGGCGAGGUGGCAUGGUUGGAGACAGGCUGGUGGGUGGGAAUAGGUUGAUGCAAGAGCAAUCGCAAGACGAUGCAGUGAUGUGCGUUGCAGGCAUGGGACGAAAGGUGGUUGGGGAGAAGCAAAUGGAAGGGAGGGUUGUGGAGGGUGAGGUGGUAUGUCGUGCCACAGGGCCGGAUGCAGCAGCAGCAGAGCCACACCACAUCUCCCAAGAGAAGACUUUUGAGUCGACUCAAAAGUCAGCAGAGCCACACCACAUCUCCCAAGAGAAUGGUGCUGCGAGCAGCAAAGGCGCGGGGGAAGAGAGGUUUGCAAGGAGAGGAGAGGCGGGUGGCGAAGAAGCAGCAGCUGUUGCUGCAGCAACAGCAGCAGCAGCAGCAGCAGCAGCAGCAGCAGCAGCAGCAGCAGCAGCAGCAGCAGCAGCAGCAGCAGCAGCAGCAGCAGCAGCAGCAGCAGCAGCAGCAGCAGCAGCAGCAGCAGCAGCAGCAGCAGCAGCAGCAGCAGCAGCAGCAGCAGCAGCAGCAGCAGCAGCAGCAGCAGCAGCAGCAGCAGCAGCAGCAGCAGCAGCAGCAGCAGCAGCAGCAGCAGCAGCAGCAGCAGCAGCAGCAGCAGCAGCAGCAGCAGCAGCAGCAGCAGCAGCAGCAGCAGCAGCAACGGCAACGGCAACGGCAACGGCAAGAGAGGCAACGCACAAGAUCAGGAUCGCAGAUGGAGGGAUCGAGGAGAAGUAG